AUGGCGCACCGGCCAAGCGGCGGCAGCAGCCCCUCGAAGAGUAGGUUGAGCCGCGAUGCCGAUGCCACUCCCACCACGCGCAUUUCGCCAUCGCCGAAGUUGCUGACUCUCGGAGGAGGUGGUCGGAGUCCUUCAGCAUCAGCAUCGCCCAUUGGCACGGAGCUCCCGGCUAUCGAUGUCCCCUUCCGGGGCUCCGCCUCACCUCGGCCACGGAAGCCGCCUCACGCGACGCACUUCCCGGUAGUCAGGCGAGCGGAGCGGGAUGCUUCGGCACGGACUCCUUCCACUUCCAGUUCGCAGGGUCCCAUGAGUUUGGGCCUGCACGGGAGGAGAGUUUCGGCCGGUACAGCCGCGAAAGAGACCAGUGGCAUCCCCCAUGAGAUCUUGGCCCGAGGCGAUCGCGCACAACGAAAAUUCCGAGAGGCGCUGGCAAAGGGCAAGGCCCAACCCAGGAGAGACCCGCACGUGAGGGCCGGAUCACGCCGUAAGAAGCGGCAAGACAGGCUAGCUUGCAUGCCUCAAGCGUUGCAUGGCCCUGUGUCUGAUCCGAAAGCACUCGGCUCUGAGGCCGCAGAGGUGAAAGGCACGGUCUCUAGGAGAGUUCUGUCCUGUGGUGAGCUUCGUUGCAUCGUGGAGCCAUGGAUCUGUGUCUGGAUGGAUUUGAUGAUUUGGGCUUCGAUUGCCUCGGCCCCUCGCGUGGCUGGUCCAUGA